CUCCCUUUUCCGACUGCGCAUCACAGGAAGUGGGCUUUCUGUGGCAGCCGCAGCUGGGCUAUGAUCAGCGGCCGCAGGGCAGGCUGGCGGCCGUCUUGCACGGCAUGGUUCGGCAGGAGCUGGCUGGGCACGGGAGCGGUAUUUGCGCUGAUCCUGGUGUCCACGCUGGCGAGGCCAGCCGCCUCCCUGAGGGCGUGCCGCGACAGCCCAGCUGCCUGGGCGGACCUGCUCGGCGCCGCCUGCGCCGACUACUCCCGGGGCCGCCUCUGCACGCCGAGCGGGGGGCGCGGCCCCGGCUGGACCGACGCCAACGGGAGCUUCGCGUCGAGGGUCGCUGGAGCCACGCCCCCCGCCAGCGAGGCGUGCUGCGCUUGUGGGGGAGGCGCCGCCGUGCCGCCGGACCUCGGGAGCGCAGAGUGGCGCCGCCUGUUGAUCGAGACCUCCACGGAGACCUCCACCACAGAGACCUCCGCCUCCUCCGUGACCUCCGCCAGCUCCGUGACGCCCGGCACGGCCAGCAGUGGGAGCAGGACCUCCGCGAGCGUGACCACGACCGGCAGCUCAAGCCUAACCGCGUCCUCCGCCACCGCAUCCUCCACGUCCACCUCUGGUACUGGCUCCUCGAGCACCUCUGACACGACGAGCAGCAUGACAGCGAGCACGUACACCUUCACCACUGGGACUCUCAUUAACAACACAUGCCCCACGGCGGAGAAUGUUAUGGCGGGGCAGAUGGACGUAAUGCUGUGCACUACGUCGACCGCGACGGUCGUGACAUCCGCGACGGCCUCGGAGAGUUCCACGCGGAGCUCGGUCACGAUGACGACCGGGACCAAGACAACCCAGUCGUCCACUGUGACUUUGAUCACUGUCACCACAGAGUCGGUGAGCACGACGUCGAUGUCUGCAAUCCUCACUUCUUCCACGGCUUCGACGACGUCGAAAACCUCGGCGAAGGCCACGCCGACGAGCACCUCCACCACGCGGUCGUCCUCAACCGGCUCGAGCACCACGCAGUCCAGCACUACGGGGUCGCCUACCCGAGUCUCCACCACCUCGGGCUCGAACACCACGGUCUCGAGCGCCACGGCCUUGAUCAGCACGACGUUUGCGUCUACGGGCACGAGCACUCUGACGUCGACGUCGGUGACGAGCACUGCCACGGCGAUCACCAGCCAGACACAGGUCAGAACGACCACAUCCGGCGGCUCGCGUACCCACACGACCAGUGCGUCCUUGACCAGCUCGAUUUCUCCUACAACGAACACUGUUACGGAUACCAGCACGGUGAGCUCGACCACAGUUGCUGUCCCAUGCCCAGGCUGCAAGUUGGUCCCCACCUUCGGCUGCGACGAGGUCGCUGCUGGAAAGUCGUGCGCAGCCUCUGCGUUGACCAGCCCUUGCAUCACCGACACUGGUGGGCCUUUAUUGACGUGCCCAGUUGAUAAUACUGAUGCUUCGCUGCCGCCUACAGCUCUAUCGGCGUACCCGUACGUCCAGUGCAAGGUCUGCAGCAUCAUCGCGAUGACCCCAGACGAGGACACCCGCCCAGGCUGGUACACGGGAGUGCUGCGUUUUGGCCCCAAUCAGAUGGAGGGUAUCAUCGAUGAAAGUCCGAUUUCAGAAUACCGCGUGUACUUCGCUGACAACGAAGGUGUUCGGGUCGGCCGUGUCCUUGCAGUUGUGCCUGUGGUCGACAACUUUCCAGCUACCUCCUGCUGCGAUCCAGGCAAGUACACUGUACAUCUCUCCUGCGUACAGACAACGUCAGACACUGUUGCCGUUGUAGUCCUUCCCGUCGACACGAAUGGCGUAGAGAUGACAGUCGGCGUCGUGGAGCCGUUCAGCGAUGCGUGGGACUUGGACACAGGUUGCCCGGCGCCGUACAGCCUCGUCGCAGCACAGGAGGAGACGCCCGUCUGCACGACCACGACGACGACCGCCACGGACACCACGUCUUCUGAGACGUCGACCUUCACGCUCACAAGCACGAGUGCGUCAAGCACAUCGAGCGUCACGAGCACCUCGACCCUGACCUCGACGACAUGGACCAGCACCAUCAGCUUGACGAGCAAGACCACGACAACUGAAAGUAGCACCUCGUCACAAUCCAGCACAACCGAGACCAGCUCAACAACGAUGUCAUCCACCAGCACCCUCUCAUCCACUACUGGCAGCAGCACGUCGUCGAGCUCUAUGACGGAGAGCAGUUCAAUCACGAUCACCAAAACCAGCACUCUGUCGCUUACCUCCGAGACAUCCUCGAUCAGCACAUCAAGGACCAGCUACACGACGAGGACGGCUUCGUCGACUACAGCGAGCAGCACCUUUUCCGUCAGCACAUCUACAGAGACGUCGAGCACGACGGUGACGACCACCACCUCAACUUCGAUCAGCAUAUCGGCGACCAGCUCGACAACGGCUACCAGCUCAACGACGAUCACCACACCGACGGAGUCAUCGAGCACGUCGGCGACGACCGCCACUACAACUCUCACAGUGUCUUCCACCACGACUGCGAGCAGCAUAUCGGCGACCAGCUCGACCACGAUUAGUACAUCCACGGAGUCGUCGAGCACGUCAGCGACUUCUACCACUGCAACGUUCACAGUGUCUUCCACCACGACUGCGAGCAGCACAUCGGUGACCAGCUCGACCACGAUUAGCACAUCCACGGAGUCGUCGAGCACGUCAGCCACUUCUACCACUGCAACGUCCACAGAGUCUUCCUCCACGACUGCGAGCAGCACAUCGGCGACCAGCUCGACCACGAUUAGCACAUCCACGGAGUCGUCGAGCACGUCAGCCACUCCUACCACUGCAACGUCCACAGUGUCUUCCACCACGGCUGAGACAAGCAUCUCGGCGACCAGCUCGACCACGAUUAGCACAUCCACGGAGUCGUCGAGCUCGUCGGCAACUACCAGGAGCACAUCAAUCACCACGAUGACCACUACCUCAAUAUCGUCCUCCAACACUGCUACCAGCUCGACGACGAUCAGCACUUCCACGGAUCGUCGAGCACGUCAGCGACUUCUACCACUGCAACGUCCACAGAGUCUUCCACCACGACUGCGAGCAGCACAUCGGCGACCAGCUCGACAACGAUUAGCACAUCCACGGAGUCGUCGAGCACCUCGGCGACGACCACCACUGCAACGUCCACAGAGUCUUCCACCACGACUGCGAGCAGCACAUCGGUGA